CCCUACUGUAACCUCAUGUCGGCUAAAGAGAAAGAGUGGAUCAUUAGACUACAGAUGAUUCAGCUCCAGAGCGAGAAUCCCCACCUGGACGACUACUACUACCAGGAGUACUAUCGGCGAAUGGAGGCCAAGCUGGCAGAGGAGGAGUUGGGCAUGCGAGGCAAGAGGGAGCCGCCCAAACUCACCACCCCCUACGUCACCAAGAUGGACUCUUACACCCCAGUGGUGCACAUCGAGGGUUCCCUAGGCCAGGUCGCCGUGUCGACGUGUUUCUCUCCUCGACGAGCGAUCAAUGCAGUUGCAGCCCACUGUCCACACGAGGAACUAAAAGACAUCAGGCAACAGCGAUUAGACGUCCUAAAGAAAAUAGAAAAGUUGUUCAUGGUGCUGCUGGAGGUAGAAGAGCAGCAGAGGAUGAAGGCACAGGUGCUGGGGGAGGGUGAGGAGAAAGGGCUGAUGGAGAAAACUGAGAUAAAAGUGGAGUACAUCUAUUCCCAGCUACAGCAUCCCGACCUAGAGGCAGGGGAAGAAUUUCUGCCAUGUCUCCUGGUGUCCAAAGGAAAGCAGCUACUGGCUCGACUCCUCCCCUUCCUGUCCCAUGACGCUGCGUUGAAAGUCUUAAGCAUGGUGACUUCUCACCUGCCUGUACUCAUGAGCAGAGAUGCAGAUGAGUCUCUUCCGGUUUUGUACCCAUCUCUUCGAAUUGUGAUCGGAGGCAUGACCUUCAGUCAGCUUAUUGGGGUCCUUAAAGACUUUACGGCAUCACUUCCCGACUCCAGCGGUGGCAGCAUGUGCCUCUCUCUUGUCUGCCAAAGCAAGUUUGGGCUCUCCUUACUCUACGCCCUGCUGUCCCAAGGAGAGAGGCUACUGUCCUCUGACGUUCCUCUGGAGCCCAGCAUUGGUGACUUUGAAACCUGGACAGACACAGUCUUCCUGGUGGCAUCGCAGCUAUCCCAGACUGCUCUGGUGGAGCCCCUUCUCCUACCCUCAAACCUUCUCACACUCUUCUGCCGCUACCUGGACAAGCGUACCAUCCACCAGCUGAAGAGCAAUAUGGAGUGAGUGUCAGAAUUGACAGCACAUACUUUAUUUUAAAGAGAUGUUCUAUGCAUGCAUUGCAAAAAAAAAAGUUCAU